AUGCUCUACUCGACCUUUGUUUCCGGUACGGCUCUGGCCAUGCUGGCUGCUCCGGGCCACAAAGGUCCCAUGCCUGGCUACGGUAUCGAGGAUAUCACCUGGGAACUCCAGACUGAUUCCGGCACCACCUUCAACGUCACCGGGAAUAUUCAACAGAUGAUGCAAUACGCUGAGAAGAACAAGAUCGUUCUUAAACAGAAUAAUAAUCUUUCUUCCUCUAACGUAUUCUCCGGUAGUCAUCGGGACGAUGAGGAUUCCAGCCUUGCUUGUAAUACUAAGGACGGGGGCCUACAAGAGAAUUUGGCUCGGAAAGACGCCAUCAAGUGGGGGAUUUUGCACCUCCGGAAAGUUACAAGCAAGCCAUUGAACGGCCCGCCCAGGUAA